AUGUCAUGUGGUACGAGAGAAGCGCUGGUUUUUACCUUAGGGCUCAUUACCGGCACGGGGACUACUUUAACUGGCAAGGUUUUAUACGGUGUUGACUCGGUGGGUCUUGAUGGACAAGUCAAGAAAUUUGAAAAACCCAUUUUUCAAACAUGGCUCAUGUUCCUCGCAAUGGUCUUUGCUUUGCCUAUUCAUUGGGGUUAUCACUAUUACGUGGAACGACAAUGGCGUCGCAAUAAUCGCAAUGGCAUCAAAUAUCAUUAUCGCAUCCCUCGCAAAAUUUAUUUUUUACUAGCAUUUCCAGCAGCUUUUGACUUGGUGGCAACAUUUGUUGCAAAUUUAGGACUCCUCUACGUGACUGUCAGUGUAUUUCAGUUGAUGAAAUGCACUGUCAUUGUAUUUGUCGCAAUAUUAAAGGUUGUCGUAUUUAAAGAUCGACUUCAUGGCUACAUGUGGAUUGGUAUUGGAUUUAAUAUGCUAGCCGCUCUAAUGGUGGGUGCUACAAGUCUCGUGGAUUCGGAUACGCAAGAUAAUAACUCGGAAAAUCAGCAUCCAGCAUUUGGUGUCUUAAUGGUCGUCUUGAGCUGUGCGAUUCAAGCGGUACAAUAUGUUUUUGAAGAAAAGCUUAUGGAUGAAGGAGACAGUGCACCUCCUUUGGUAGUCGUGGGUAUGGAAGGAGUUUGGGGAUUACUUUUGACCACGGUUGUUAUUUAUCCAAUUGCUUACUUCGUUCCGGGAAGUGAUUUGGGUUCCAAUGAGAGAUUUGAUGAUGCUUACGAAAUGCUCAUGAAUAGUGGACUGGCUCAGAUAAUUGUCAUGGUUUACUUGUUGGUGAUUCUUGGAUACAAUGUGUUUGCCGUAUCGGUGACAUAUUUACUCAAUUCAAUUUGGCAUGCAAUUUUGGACAAUUUCCGGCCGAUUACAGUCUGGGCAGCAGAUUUGAUGUUGUUUUACUUUUUUACACAAGGUCAGUUUGGUGAACGAUGGACAAUUUGGAGCUGGUUGCAGCUUGCUGGUAUGACGACGUUAUUGGCAGGUACGGCAGUGUACAAUGGUACCCUGCGCCUGCCAGGAUUCAUUUAUAUAGAGCCGGUGGAAGUAGCUAUGGCUGCAAUUCGGACACCCGAGGCUCUUACUGCAUCUGCGUUCUCACGCUCGCCAUUGAUUACUCGCAAUGCGAUGAAGGCAGCAGAAAUCGCACGUCGGACACCAAAUGCCAAUGAUCGCGAUCGUGUGCGACGUGAGUUUAUGACUGAGUAUCAGCCAUUGGCAGACCCGGAAGCUCGACGACGUAUUGAUCCUGCUGGACACACGUACGGAUCGCUCGAAACUUAA